UCGCGUUAGAUUGUGAAUAAAAGACAUUUCCUGGCUGAUUUCCGGCGUGCCUUCUGCCUAAAGAUGCCUGAUUUGACGGGAAAAGUUGCCAUAAUCACAGGUGCGAGCUCAGGAAUCGGGAAGGGGACAGCUGUGGAAUUUGCCCAGCUGGGAGCGCACCUGGCUCUGACUGGGAGGAACCAGGAAAACCUGCAGGCCACAGCAACGGCCUGUGUGGAGGCAGGAGCUCCGCAAGACAAGAUCCUUAUUGUAACAGGAGACAUCUGUGAUGAACAAGUGCAGAAAAACCUGGUGGAGCAAACUGUGCAGAAGUUUGGCAGGAUAGAUGUUCUGGUGAAUAGUGCAGGCGUUAUCCUAAAAGGAACCAUAGAGACAACAGACAUGUCGGAGUAUGAUCGUAUGAUGGACAUCAACGCUCGCUGUGUGGUGGCUCUGACUCAGUUGUGUGUGCCCCAUCUUACAGUCACCAAAGGUGCCAUUGUGAAUGUGUCCAGUGUAACUGGCAUGCGAGCGUUCCCAGGAGUCCUGGCUUACUGUAUGAGCAAAGCAGCGAUCGACCAGUUCACGAGAUGUGUUGCACUUGAACUAGCUUCCAAGCAAAUCAGGGUCAACUCAGUCAACCCUGGAGUGGUGGUGACUGAGCUACACAAACGGGGAGGUAUGAAUGAAGAGGAGUACGCCAAGUUUCUGGAACAUUCCAAGUCAACCCACGCCCUCGGUAGAGCCGGGGAAACAUCAGAAGUGGCAAAGACCAUCGCCUUCCUGGCCUCAUCGGACGCGUCCUUCAUCACGGGAGCUCAGAUCCCUGUGGAUGGUGGAAGGCAUGCCAUGUGUCCACGCUAACUUGUGCCAGGGUCAC